GGGCACUUGAGCUCACAUGGUCCCGGGAUGAUGCGGGGUUCCGUCCCAUGACGUACUGUACAGUAUUUAUCGUAUUUUCUCCUUGGAUUUAAUCUCUGCAUCCUUGACCGACUUCUUCUCCAAGCGUCCCUUCCUUAAUCUUGGCUCUCAGAGUCAACCACUGGAAGGAUGACUGUCCAGACCCUCAGUCAGAUCUCAGCCUACAAUUUCAAGACUUUUCGCCGCCAUUAUGUGUCGGAGAUUUCGGGUUCCCUCGGCGAUCUCGGAACCUUCCUCCCUAUCGCCAUAGCCCUGGCUGUCAACGGGACCGUCUCGCUAUCCAGCACUCUCAUCUUCUCGGGGAUCUUCAAUAUCUUAACGGGCCUAUUCUUCGGGAUCCCACUUCCCGUCCAGCCCAUGAAAGCAAUUGCUGCCGUAGCAAUUGCCCGAUCCUUCAACAACGGCACCAUCGCCGCCGCCGGCAUCUUCGUCGGCGUAUGCAUCCUUCUCUUCAGCGUCACUGGCCUCCUUCGCUGGUUCGCAGACGUGAUCCCCAUCCCCGUCAUCAAGGGUAUCCAGGUCGGCGCGGGCUUAUCUCUCGUUAUCGCAUCCUGUGGAAACAUCCUCUCGUCCCUCGGCUGGGUCGGCCCAUCAUGGGCGGAUAACCGCAUCUGGGCCAUCGCAGCCUUCAUCUUCCUCAUCAUCACCAACGUCUAUCGCAAGGUACCCUAUGCGCUGGCGGUGUUCAUCCUGGGCCUCGUUUUUGCCAUCAUCCGAAGUGCCUUGGCGGCCGAUCUGCCUUCCAUUACCUUCUGGCAUCCUUACACCGUCGUCCCCACCCCACAUCAGUGGUCCGUGGGUGCUCUGGACGCAGGGGUCGGACAGAUCCCGCUCACGACGCUAAACUCCAUCGUAGCCGUUGUACAUCUUGCGGGCGACCUGCUCCCCAACGUACGUACGCCGUCGAUCACGUCCGUGGGUCUCAGCGUGGCGGCCAUGAACCUGGUAGGCUGUUGGUUCGGCGCCAUGCCUGUCUGCCACGGCUCGGGCGGACUGGCCGCCCAGUAUCGGUUCGGGGCGCGGUCCGGGUCUAGUGUGAUUUUCCUGGGCGUGCUGAAGCUGGUGAUUGGGAUCUUCUUUGGGGAGAGCUUGGUGGGGCUGCUGAAGCGGUUCCCGUCUGCCCUGUUGGGGAUCAUGGUGAUUGCUGCGGGACUGGAACUAGUUAGUGUCGGGGAGAGUUUGAAUACCACGGGGGCUCGGGAUAUCAUGAAAGCUAGUUUUGGGAUCUUGGGGGAUGCCAGGCAGGAUAUUGCGCCGAUGCUCAGUGAUGCGGAUCGCAAGAGACGGUGGACGGUGAUGAUGGUUACGGUGGGGAUGCUGGUUGGGUUUAAGAAUGAUGCAAUUGGAUUCCUGGCUGGGAUCUUGUGCCACGUCGGUUACGAGUUGCCAGGGCUUUGGGAGAAAGUACGGAGACGGUGGAGCGAGGGUCGGGUCAGAUUGCAAUGAUCGCCUCGCCCGCUUGAUUAGAUGGACAUUGUUUUCCCCCACGUUGAUGAGGUCUACGGUUACAUACGAGGUUUAUUAUCACAGAGUCGAUGAAUAAUGACUAGAUGUUUGCGGCAUUGAAUAUUGAUAUUUCAUAGUGUUAUUAUGAGCAGAUUAUUAUAUACUUGAUAAAAAAUGUCAUAACGUCAAAUCAAGCGCAGUUCAUCCCAAGCCA